GCAUAUUUUGUUUAUUUUGAACUUCAUUUCCCUGUAGUUUUAUUAACAAUAUAAGCGCCAUAGCUCUGUUUCAUUAGUCUCCGCCUCUGUUACUGCCUCUUGGGCUCUUGUUACUUAACCUAGGGCUGCUCUUUAUUUUCCUUUUCUCUCUGUUCUUUUGUCCCUUUGCUUUACUUCUUUUUGCUUCCAUGUCGUUUAGAGGAUUCAGUCGGCCAAAUGCUACAUCAGGCAUGGGCGUUGCUGAUCAGACCAAGGAUACUUUCUUGGAGCUGAAAAGGAAGAAAGUUUAUCGGUAUGUGAUAUAUAGGAUCGAUGAGAAGAAAAGGGAGGUUGUGGUUGAGAAAACUGGUGCCCCUGCUGAGACCUAUGAUGACUUCGCUGCAUCUCUGCCUGAAACUGAUUGCCGAUAUGCCGUCUACGACUUUGAUUUUGUUACUUCUGAGAAUUGUCAAAAGAGCAAGAUUUUCUUCAUUGCAUGGUGCCCUUCAUCCUCUCGAAUCCGUGCAAAGAUGCUUUAUGCCACAUCGAAAGACAGGCUUAGAAGGGAACUGGACGGUAUCCAUUACGAGAUUCAGGCUACUGACCCUACAGAGAUGGAUCUUGAAGUGUUGAGGGAUCGUGCUCAUUGAACAGUUUGCAGCUUUAGCUGUUCCAUUUGAUUACCCAACUCUGCAUUACUCCUUGCUUCAUAAAGCUAGGUGCAGGAUCAUUUUCGCAUACGAGUUAGUGCAUAUUUAGUCCUUGAAUAACCAGAAUCUGGUAAAAAGCUGAUCUGAAGCUCUAGGCUAAAAGUAUCUUUGUUGCCAUGAAUUCAGAUUCUUUACCAUUCACAUAUAUUGGCAAUUUGGCAUGUCUCACAAA